AUGGUAGAUGAGCCUUUUAGAGGGUGGAAAAAUAAGGACACUGUGUAUUACAAAACAUUCGGAGUACCACCCGUUACUGAUAAAAUCGCAGCCUUUGACCUUGACAGCACUCUGGUUUAUACGCCCAGCUUUUACACCACCAGGGCCAUAACAUCCCGUCCUUCUGGAGGCUUAAUCAUAUCCCCUAAUGACUAUGUGCUAUACAGUCCAAAAGUCACAAAAUAUCUAGAGCGCUACCACAUGCUGGGCUAUGUUAUCGUAAUUUUUUCAAACCAAAAGGGACCUUCAGAUGCAGGACUGUUAUACAAUGUAAAGGCUAGAAUGGAUAAUAUUUUUUCGGAAUUUAAAUUAAAAUCUUCCUCUGCACAAUUACCUUUGCAUGUCGUUUUUUCUACGAGUAAUGACAAAUAUCGCAAACCAAAACCUGGGAUGUAUAGGUUUUUUAAGGAACACUUAAACAAUGGAUUGGACUCGGACCUGGACUAUAGCUUUUAUGUGGGAGAUGCUGCUGGAAGGAUCUACGAUAAUAAACUGAAAAAUGCCAUGGCUAAAAACCUAAAGAAGGCUUUGGAUAAACUGAAUAUCAAUUUUGAUCGCACUUUUGAUCAUAAUCACACAGAUAAAUUUGAAGACUUAGAGCUUCUAAAGGCUCUACUCAAAAAUGAUCACUCAAAUUGUGAUUUGAUGUUUGCUAAAAAUAUAAAAUUUAAAUUUUAUACACCGGAAGAAAUUUUCGAAAUCUAA